GGGUUCAGUGUGGUACUCGGGCGUCUCGACGACGAAUGAGCAAACCUUCCAUUUCCCUUCCAACUGCGUCGGUUUUCCACCCACCGUUCUUCUCAACCCCAACACUCCUUCUGCUUCAUUGCAGAGCAUUAUACCCCGUAUCCUCUCUUUUCGCCCCUAUCGACUCGUAUGGACGGGUAGCCUAUCUUGAUGAGGCCCUCGUAACCAUCCUCUACACGUUCCUUGUCCCUUAUUAUUGGACUUUUGGUCCUUAGACACUCCUUAACAAACUCAACGCUUCAUUGCGCCGGUCGCAACAAUCACACUCACUAACUAACACAAAUAUACGCAAUGUCCCUCUUAUCGCUAUGUGAGCGUCGGUCCCUUGGCAUCCAUGUUACCGACAUGGACGUAGAGGAACCUCAGCCCCCGUUGUUGGGGGAGAAGAGUAACAUUGAGGUUGAGGAGGAAGAGUUAAAGUUGGAUGGCGAGGGUUGCCCGAAGGUUUCGAGGACGCAGCUUUCUUUGAUUUACUCUUUGCAUCUAGCCGAAGCGUAUGUUUUCCCCCGCACUUGUGCUGGAACCCUGAUUCAUGGGGUUUCGGUUGACUGAUAUUCCUGCUAGUAUUGUUGCCUCGAGCUUGCAGCCGCAGCUUUACAUGUUAUUGCGUGAUAGUCAGCUUUGCGGAAGCGUCAACUCGGCUUACUGGACUGGCUUGGUGGAGACUAUGUUUGCUCUCGGUUCUAUUGCCGGUUAGUUCGUUCCGGGUGGGUGCAAUUGAGAUCUGGAGAUGCUGAUAUGAGAGAAAUAGGUCUCUAUUGGGGCCGGCUCGGGGACCAGCAUGGAAGGAGAUCCGUUGCGCUUGCGGGAAUGCUCGGGAUGACGGUAUCUUGUGUGGUUAUGGGAUUCAGCAAUGGUCUUGUUAGCUGUGCUUUGAUUAGAGCAUUCGCUGGACUUAUGAGCUCUUCCAUUCGAGUUUCCACCGCCACCAUGAUUGGGGAUGUUAGCGAAACGUCGAGUGCCAAAGCCCGCAACUUCUCAAGGCUUCCGCUCGUGGCCACUGGAGGAGUUAUCGGACCACUCUUGCAGGCCCUUCUUGCCCACCGAUUCUCAUCCGAUAACAAGAUUUGGAAGACCUUUCCGAUUCUGAGCUCCCAACUGGCUUGCGCGAGCUUGAUGUUCGUUUUCUUUCUGGUCAACUUGGUUUUCCUUCAGGAGGUGUGUGGCGCUUACUUCCCAACCAACAAUCACGUGUUUACUAACAAUAAUCUCUAGACGCUGCCAACCCCGCCCUCGGAAGGUUUUGACGAGGAAACACAGCUGCUCCCCCGCUCGGCCGAGUUUUUCACUGAGAAAGAUACAUUCCUUGGACAGGCCGAAUACCCUGCUGCCCCGCGCCGCCCAAACACCUUCAGGGAUGAGAGACCGGAGCCUAUCAGAUUUUCUGAGAUUAUGCGUGCGCCGUCUCUCAUGAUCCUCUUGUGCUCGUACUCGUUCCUUUCGCUUCACUCGGCCUCCUUUGAUCAGCUCUUGCCCCUUCUUGGUAACUCUUCCACAGAGCAUGGGGGGCUCGGCCUGCCGUGCUUCUUUCUCUCACUUGUCGUCCUGUUCGCUGGCAUCGCUUCCGGCGUCGUGAUCUACUUAGGCUUCUCCAAAUCGGUGCAACGGCUUGGCCUGCUCCAGCUCUACCGACUCUGCUGCUGGAUCUACCCGGUCAUCUACAUCGCAACACCACUACUGUCUAAGGUUGCUGUAAGCUCCGAGGUCGCCGUAUGGAUAUCGUCGGCUAGUUCAAUUUUCACCAAGACGUUGGUCACUGGGUUCGCUCAGACCCUCGUGACGUAUCUGGUCACGAAUGCCAGCCCUGACGCGUUUAGCCUCGGUAGUAUCAUGGGAGUCAUGCAGGGCGCAAGUGUAUUCCGAAGUCUUGCGCUUGCUGGAACCGGUGUCGCAUUCUCGCUCAGCGAUGAUGUGUCGAUUGAGGCUACUAACUAUAGUCUUUGGGCUGCUAUGGCCACCGUUUCCCUCGGCGGCGCGGCUGUGGCAUACUUUGUACGGGAUCACCCUACUGUGCGGGACUACUCCUCGUCUCUCAAGUGGGAGGUUUGCUACGAAUCAUCAGAAGACCUAGCCAUCUAAAUGUGGUCUUAUAAUAACACCCGGUGCACAGGCACUCAUUCUCCUGCCUUAUCGUUGCUUUUUACUUCCGUAUCGCUUUCCUUUAUGGUGCAACGAAGGAUAUUGGAGGUUCUACCCUGGGUCACACACUUCUUCCUCCGGACUUAGGUCUCAGCUUUUGAGACCCUUUUUUAACUGCACUCUAGGUGUCGAAAUCAUUCUAUCAACAAAAUUGUUCGGUCUUUUCUCUUGAUUCUGUUCCUAUCUAUCCACUCCUUCUCUUUCUGUCUAGGAGGGCAGUUGUAUUUCUGCCUGGCGACGUUGGUUUAUUUUGUGUCAUACCCAUUGUUUCGACAUUUAGCGCUCUCUUUUAUACCCGGCCCUUGGGUGGGUUGUAUUUAAAUAGUUGGGGUGUCUCGUCAUUUUCCCUUUCCAUUGGUGUAUUUUUUUUCUUUUUUUUCCUAGUGUCUUUCUAGCUGCGGAUAGUGUUUGCUAACGUGAGCACUUCUUUUCUCUCUUUUCUUUCUCUGCUUUUGAGGAGUUUUUUUGUGUAUCACUACUGUCAUUAUGCGUUGAACCUGUUGAAGCAAAAGAAAAGUGAGAAGGAAGGAAAAAAUACCGGUCAACUUCAGGUCGGCGUAGGUCUGUGACGGUGACUACCGAGACUGGGGUGGAAAGGAGGAAAGGAAAAGAAAAAUUACCAGUAGCAUCGGCAGAGCUGGUGUGAAGCUUUGCCUCGGUUGGCCUCAGUUGCCAUACACGGUGGAGGGGGGGGUACAGUACCGGUACUACCGGUAGUACAGCACUUGCGGCUGGAAUGCCCAGAAUGCCCUGUUCCCGUAGGAGAAUUAUCGUUGCGCAGCAGAACCCACUCGCUCCGUACUGUAGAGUGCAGGUUCGUGAGUGCGAUGGGGUACCAAGUAUCAUACUCGAGCACAUACAAGUACCUGUGUGCGCAUACCAACGAUGGAUAGUCACCCGCUGGUCCCGGGACCGGUUCGAAGCCAUGCCCAAUCCCACUCGCAAGCGAGAACCGCUUCCCUCGGUUCGGAAGGUGAGUUCUCAGACCAGCCCACAUUCCACCGCGGUAAAAGUGCUGGUGCAGUACCGAUCGCCAGC